AUGGGUAAGGACGAUGUUUCAAACAAAAAGCGGCGUAAGUUAAACACGAGUUCUUCCAGUGAUAGUCUAAAACAGUCACCAGUGGACGUGUAUAAGAAAGUUGUAGAAUUCGAAGAAUCUGAAGCACAGAUACGUUCCGCUGAUAAAGAUGCCGCUUUAUAUAAAAAGAUAUGUCAAGAUGUCAGGCAACUUUUUGCAGAUAUUGCUGAGUUAAAAGCUAAGGGUACUGAAGAGGCAAAAGAAAAAAUAAAUACAAAAAGAAUAGAAGCAUCAUUACACCUGGUUGCAUUAAAAAAGCUAAAUCGUUUAGAAAAAGUUCGUACAAGAGCUGGGCGUGAUGCUUUACACAAGGAGAAGCAAAGGGUUGAUUCUACACAUUUGCUAUUGCAAAAUUUACUUUAUGAAGCUGAUCAUUUAAAUAAGGAAGUAACCAAAUGCUUACAAUUCAAAUCUAAAGAUGAGGAAAUUGAAUUGGUACCAUUAGAAGAUUUUUACAAAGAUGCACCAAGUGAAAUUUCACGUUCAGAAAUAACAAAAGCUGAUGAACACCAGCUUCAAUUAGCAAGACUUGAAUGGGAGUUACGCCAACGCAGAGAAUUAUCUGGUGCUUGCAAUGAAUUGGUUGCAUCUAAAGAACGUGUGGCUGCUGCAAUAGCUGCUGCUCGUUCUAGAUUAGAUGCUUUAGCACCACAUCUCCGAGAUGUGCUUAAAGCUACCAAACCUCUACAAGAAUGUUUAGCUCUUAGAUUAGAUGAAAAAAGAGAUGAAGCUAGAGCUGCAGGACUUCUGCCACCACCUCUGUUUUUACUUUAUGCAAAUGUUAGUGCUUAUUCAGAUGCUCUUGGUGUUAAGAAUGUAACCGUUGGUAUUUCUGGAGAUGAAGAUGAAGCCAAAAGGUUGGAACAACUGACAGAUAUUGAAAGUGAAUUGGUUGUUUCAAAUGACUCGGAUUCUGAUCAAGACAACAAUGAUGAGGACCAUAGAGAUAGUAAGAAAAAAAGACAUCAUAGGACAGCAAAAAUAUCAAAAGAAGAAAAACAAGAAGCAAAAAAGAAAGAAGCCCUCAAAAGGCAUCCCUUACAUGUUCAAAUGUGUAUUAAAAGUUCUGAUGGCACUGCUGUAAAUUUAACCUUUUCUUAUAUGCUCCAUCUCAAAAUAGCUGUGGUAAAGUUUACAAUGAAUCAUCCAAAACCUAUCACAGGAGUAUCUGCUGCAGAUGUGUUAUAUGGAGAUUGUAUAUUGAAUGAGUUAUAUAUUGGUGACAAUGGAAAUGAUUCACCACAUCCAGCUACUGUUUACCUCUUAAAUUCUGCGGGAAUAACUGAUGAAUUUCAACAUUUUAUUCCAGAUGUUGGAAAGCCAUACAUAUGGGCACAAAGAAUGUGUGGUUUAGAUUUUAUGGCAGUUUCUGUUGAUACACAAAAAUCAACAAAAAAUAUACAACCUUGCCAAAGCCUCAGUGUGGCUAGUGUCGAAAACUUUAUAUUUACCUUGAAGAAGAGACUUAAGUCCAGAAUAGAACUUAUGAAAGAAUUACAAGAUCUAGAGUGUGGUAAAAUUUUACCUACUAAGUUAUCUUGUCCCGUUAGAUUGUCAGGUUCAUUAACUCAAUGGCAAACAGUAGGCUGGCCUGAAUACAGCCAAGCACCUUCAACAUCAUUUGUAAUAUCAGAGGGGUUGGUCACGGGUGAUAACAUGUUAUACCGUGCAAUUAUUACAAGACAAUCAGCUAAACUUGUAGCCCUUGUUGCCAUCAGUAGUGAUUAUCCGAAACGAGCACCAAUCUUUUCUUUGACAUUACAUUGGAAUGGAACUCAUCAUGCAGGUUCUAAUGAUGAUAUUAGGGAUAUAGAGAGAAUGAUUAAUACUGACUUAGUGCAAAAUGAAAGCAAGCAUUGUACUCUUUCUACACAAAUGAUGAAACUAUUAACCUGUUUAGACAUUUUAUUAGAGACUAUGGGAUCCUCAGAAUUCCCCCCAGAUAAAGUCAUGAUGCAUCCUGUCCGUGGCCGUAACAGAAUGAAGCCUUACAAGUAUUUGAAACAUGGCACAGGAGUUUUUAUUCAGUAC